AUGGCCCUGCCUCGCUCAGCAGCUCUCUCAUACCAUCAGGGCCGCACCAGGAUGAGUCUGGACAACGCUGAUCUCUGGAAGUCUUUCCACAGCAUUGGAACAGAGAUGAUCAUAACUAAGCAUGGAAGGAGGAUGUUUCCACACUGCAGCAUCAGUCUAUCUGGGCUCCAACCUUUGGCUAAAUACGUAAUCUUGGUGGACAUGGUUCCGGUAGACGGCUGCAAAUACAAGUGGAAGAAGGAGCAGUGGGAGGUCGCAGGGAAGGCAGAGCCCCAGCCCCCAUGUCGGACGUACACGCACCCAGACUCCCCUGCUGUCGGAUCUCACUGGAUGAAGCAGUCGUUGUCCUUCCUCAAAAUGAAGCUCACCAACAACACCUUGGAUCAGCACGGCCAGAUCAUCCUCCACUCCAUGCAUCGUUACUACCCACGCUUUCAUGUGGUCCAAGCAGACAGUCCAUACACCGUCUGCUGGGGCUCUUCUCAGACCUUCUCCUUCCCAGAGACGGUCUUCACAGCAGUUACUGCUUACCAAAACCCAAAGAUUACCAAAUUGAAGAUUGACCACAACCCGUUCGCUAAAGGUUUCAGGGAGGGAGGCACCCAUUCUCAUAGUAAAAGGUGUCGUUCAAGUAAAAGCCCACCCCGAAAAAGAUCCACAGAAGACAGGAAGAAUCUUUGCACCUCAUCCCUAGACCUGCAGAGGAUGCCCUCCACCUCUCCGUUGGUGCAGGCAGAGACGAGUCAGACCUCCAGGCAGAGGUCACCGAAGGAGACUCACCUUUCAGCCUGGGCUCUGGAGCAGCACGCGCCGGAGAGGAUACACACCGAACCCCUGGAGCUGCAGGAAUAUGACUACAGCUGUGAAGAACAGAUGGUGCCUGCGUCCAUAGCAUACUAUCCUUACAGGCCUGUGGACUACAGCGCAAUCCCAUUUCCUUCCAGGGAUGUGGAUCAGACACAGACCCGUAUCCACCCUCCACCUCAUCCACCCUUCACAACUGAACAAGACACCCAACAGCAGGAGCAGCACUCCCACAGCAACGCAUCAGACUGGAGCCAGUACCCACUUUUCUCCUACUCCUGCUGGUGA